UAUCAUUUUACACUUGAUCCUUUGGGCAAAGAGGCGCAGUCAUCAGAUCAUGGCAGCUCUUUUACAAUGAAAACCAGGCAGCAUGCUACCGUCAGAUGAGACGCAUUGCCAGUAACAUUCAAUAGGAUCAGUCAACCAGUUGUCGCCACCAGCUAUGCCCAUUGCAGAGCUUUUGGGAGUCCAGCUCGACAUGCAGCUGCUGUUGAAACUGGGUCUCUCUGUGGCCGCAGUGCUGCUGGUUUCUUGGGCCUACAGGUUCUACAGCUCCAGGGACGAGAAGAAAAUUCAGAUCUCUGUGUAUGACGACAAAGAGCCAGAAAAUGCAACCUGCAAAAACUGCAAGACGACACUACAAUGUCGAAGCUCACCAAAACAUGGCACCGAUGAUGGGGGCAAGCGACCCAGACCCUUGCACAUAGACUCAGCCAAUAAUGACCUGACAUCUGACAGCAACAAGGAAACGCCCGCAGAAGCUUGUCCACACCAAGCUAAAAAGAGUGAGGAUGAAUUUAGUAUGUCAUAUGGUGACCAAGAUAUCAGCAUAAAAGGCAAGAUACUCACUCAUCACAAGCAGGCAGAGGUUGCCACCAGUAAUAUUUCAUUUGGAUCUGCUUUGAACCUUCCUCAACCAACAGAGAGUGGGAUGGCCAGUACAACGGGGCGCCGCUCCCCUUGCUUUUUGCAGAAGCUGGAGGGCAGUGUGGGUGUGGGCAGGGAGUUAAGGCAGAACUUGGAGCGUCAGGGAGCCUACUCCAGCUUCCUCUCCAAGGCAGAGAUCAAAGUGGAGGAUGCUAACGUGGUGCUGGAAGGAACAGGAGACCAGAUUGUGCGCGGAAAGAUAUAUGAUUAUUAUGUUGAGUCUUCCUCUCAUUCUAUUACAGACUCAAAUACUGUGCUGGGUCAUUUUGAGAGGAACUCUGAUUCACAGCCAGUGGAGUAUAAAAGUCGUGGCAGCGGCCUCACAGAAUCUCCUUCCUCUGUGAGCCCCAUCAUUAUACGUGAUCUUGUUUUACCACAAAGCACUGUUGAGGAUCCCUCGUCGCUCAGAUGCCUUAAGCUGAGGCACCCUGCUAGGCCUGUACUCCUACGCAAGGAGAGCUAUCUGUCUGCAGCCGAGCAGUCUGACUUUCCCAUUCCCUUUCUAACAUCAAGAGUCUCAACUCCAAUGACUCACUCUCUGGCAUCAACCAGCGAUGAGUCCAUCUCUGUUCACCCUAUGAUCUGUGUCUCUACAGACAGCAAGGGCCUUAAUGUAAGGGAGGGGGCAGAUCUAGAGACAGUAGCAGGGGCACCAUUUUUACACCUUCCAGCAAAAACUCUUGAGGGCACAGAUUUGGAAAGCUUGAAGAGUAAACUUGAUCUGGGUAACUGUUUGGAGAUGCUUUGCCUGGCCAAGAAACAUGGCCAGGCCUCUAUGCAGCAAGCAGCCCUGCGAGUCAUGUCGGACAACUACCUCCAGGUGCUCAGGGACCCCAACCUUUAUGGUAGGCUAAUGGCUGGUGAGCGGGAACAAAUCCAGAAGCAGAGAAUGAGAGGGAGAAGGUUUGUCAUGGUGGCAGAUAUGGACCCUCAAGACUGGGCAAGGAACACAGGACUGCAGAUAGCAGAGACAAAGCAUACGAGGACAUCCAGUUCAGUGUACUAUUAUGAUGACAACAAAGAUGCCUGGCAUACACUCUGCCUGUUCCCACAGGAGGUCAUCUCUAAAGCCUGUGCCAUGUGCACAAUGGAUAACUACUUAUUUGUGGCAGUGGGCUGCCAAGACACAGACAGAGAAAUGACACCCUCAAAGCGAGUGUUUUGCUACAAUCCUUUGACAUCCAUUUGGAAGGAGAUCAGUCCUAUGAAUGAAGCCAGGCCCCGCUGCAAACUGGCAGCUCUGGAGGGCUACAUCUAUGCCAUCGGAGGGGAGUGCCUCUCAUCAGUGGAGCGCUACGACCCACGAUUGGACAGAUGGACAUUUGUGGCUCCACUGCCUAAUGAUACAUUUGCUGUGGCACAUCACGUCACAGUGUGCAAUGGAGAGCUUUUUGUUUCUGGGGGAACUCUUAGAUAUAUGCUACUGCGUUACAGCCCCAAAACCAACACCUGGAGGUCAAGUGUGUUAGUAGGCAGCAAAGACAGAACAGUAGAUAUGGUAGCUGUGGGAAGAUUUUUGUAUCGGUUUGAUGUUAAUCCACUUCUGGGUGUCAGUGUAUACCGUUACCAUACAGUGGCUCGACUGUGGUAUGAGUGCAGCUCCAAACGGCUUCAGCACUGCUCUGCCUUCCAGUGUGUCACAAUGGAUGACAAAAUCUACUGUGUCAGCCGCCAGUUCACCAUGAGGCUUGAGGCUGAUGAGAUCUCUCCUGCUUUCAUAGAUGAGAAUUUGAGUGUCCUCUCUGCAGCAAAGGGCAUACUUUUCCCCUUUGUCCUUUCACUCCCUGAAAAGAAGCCUCAGCAGACCAGUGUGUAACAAGGACUAAGUUUUCCAUUGAUGAUAAGAUUAGGUGGUGAUAGAGUAAACCUCUAACAGCAUGCUUAACAUCGAGUUUCUUGUUGACUGACUUUCUUUACCCAGGUUUAUGAUCAGCCCAGCCAAUCCCCAAAUGCUAAUGCAAAAUUGUAACCAUUGCGUUGUCAUUUCUUUAAGGUAAAGGUACUAAAAUUACCUUCCCACAAAUCCACAGAGCUCCUUUAUUUUCUUGGAUUGGAUUUUGCACAAUGAAAUGUGUGUUUCUUAUGUUUCGUUCCCUGGCAGAUGUAAAGUAUUAGCCCCUUAAUGGUAGUCAAACUACUAUUUGCUUAGAUUUACGCAGGAUGCACUGCCAUGUAAAUUGUUUGCUUCUUUGAUUUGCCACUCCUUCCAGCCAUUAAAUUAGUUUUAUAUCAUCCCAGAUGCUUAACCUCUUUAGCUAUAAAUAUAAUUCAUAAAGAAGUUUCAGAGUAGAUGAAUUAAUUCAACUCUAACAUAUUGUAGAGAUUGGGUAGAAUAGUGAUAAUCUAUCACUAUGCUCCACUGUGUAGGGCACAAAUAUAAUUUACACAGUGGCCUGGAUACAAUGCAAUUAUCUACAGUUGCUCUUUAAAUCUGACAGGAUAUAAAUGUGUUUGUCAUACAAUAUAAAUAGGUAAGCUUCUAAAACCAUUUGUCACUACUGUUGAAACUCUUUCAACACUCAGACUUGCAGUUAUUUUGGUUAUUUUAGUCACUCUUCUUUGGUGGCCAGAGAGAAGUGUAUUUGUUUUACUCUUGACUGAGCAGAUUAUUUGUUCAUGGCACCAACUAAAUGUCUUUGUUUUGUAAUGUAUUGUUUAAUAAACAUAAAAGAAAUAUA